AAAUCGACUUGUUUGUCGCAACGCCGGUCGUCACCAUAACUACCAGCGACUCAGCAACACAUGCGUGCAAUAAUGGCGACAGAAGAAGAGCGUGCUGCUGCGGAAAUUAUGAGAUCUUUGGCUCGACAGUUAAACUGUUUAAAUGAAGAUGAGAAAAGCACAAGAAAACGAGCAUUGGAAAGUAUAAAAAAAGAAACCAUCGAGAAAGGUUUGUCAAGUUCCGUGUUACAGGAAGUUUUUGCGUGUCUGCUGAAGCCGCUGCUAAAAUGCCUAUCGGACCCUAUGGAACGAUGCCGAGAACUCACUAUUCAGAUCAUUGGAGACUUUCUGAGAUGCGUCCCAAAACCUGAGGCGUCACUGCCUUAUAUAAUCCCCAGCCUGGCUCAGCGGCUCGGGGGGAAAGAGAUAGUAGAACCAGCAGAAGAGUUGCGGCUGUCCAUGGUGGAAGUACUGUCGCUUGUUGUAGAGAUCUGCGGAGGGCUGCUUGCCCCGUAUCUUGACGAUAUGAUUAAAAUCCUGCAAAAAACUAUACCUGACCCUUUCCCUGACGUUAUGAAGGAGAGCUGUAAAUGUACAAUACAAUUAGCCCGGAGUGUACCAGACCACUUCCACAUGCAAGCAGAGAGCCUGGUUAAGCCCUUGAUGCAGAAAAUCUCACACCAGCACUCACGGGUGCGGAUGGCUGUUGUAGAGGCCGCUGGGGCUGUUGUCCUGUAUGGCACAGGGAAGACCAUGGAUGAUGUCCUCUCUCAUAUGGCACAGAGGCUGUUUGACAAUUCACCUCAGGUUAGAAAGGCAAUGACUUUGGUAGUCGCCGACUGGCUUCUCAACCUCCGGGACAGAUACUCUUACUUCCACAAGCUUAUUCCACUGUUGCUGAGCAGCCUUAACGACGAUGUACCAGAGAUAAAGGCUUUGGCAUGUGAGCUUUGGGGACAAGUUGGUACUCAGUGGGAGAAAGAAAAUGAAGAUGAGCUGAAGGACAAAAUGGAUUUCUACCCUUCUCCAACUGUGCAGUAUCCUCCUGGAGUGGAGCGUCCAGGGCUGGGCUGCAGGGAGCUGGUGGUGAGGAACUUGUCUAAGCUAAUGCCAGCCUUGGGCCGUGAAGUGAUGGACUGGCUGGUGCAGACACGAGUGAAGACUGUGCAGCUACUGCAGGCUCUCGUGCUGCAUGCCGAAGACCACUGCACACAACACCUGCAGCAACUGCUCACAAUUCUCUACCAUGCCUGCACUGACUCAGAACAAGACGUCAGAACACAUGGUUUGGAGGCAGCCAAGCUCUUGGGGGUGUUUGUUAGCCCAGAAAUAUUCCUUAAACUAUUAAUGAAUCAUGUGAAGAACCGUUCCUCCUGCUUUUGUUCGUCUCCAUGGGCUCCUCUGAUGGUGUUGGCCGCCAUGCUAAAGGGGAGUAACAGUAAGCUGCCGGGUGAGCAACUUCUCCAGGUUGGAGAAAUACUUGCCCAUCCCGAUGUCUGUCAGGAGUCUCAGCAGACUGUGUAUGUUGAGCAGCUUCUAGCAUGCGUGGAGGUUCUUCUAAAGGUGUGUGAGGAAGAUUGCCACAUGAUCAGUCUUCCACUACUAAAGGUUAUAGUGAGCGUGAAGUGUGUAUCUACAGAGCCACACAUUUGUGCUAAGGCAGAGGAGUGUGUAUUGUCUUUGUGUAACGUGCAGGGUCUUAGUAUUGUGCAUAAGCUGUACAGACAGCACAUGGCACAGUUGCUGCAGUGGUUGUUGGAAUCGCAAAAUUAUUGGUCCUCAUACUCCAUCCAGAAGACACAACUGGAGAUUAUUGUCCUUCAGUCUGGCCCAGUGGUUGGAGAAUUUCUCCCAGAGUUAAUACCUCUACUGCAGAAUUAUUUACUGCCCAGCCAAGACCCAGAGAAGCGGGUGCAUAUUUUCACGAUGCUCUCCAAGCUUCUGUUAGAUUCUAGCAAUACACUGGAUUCACAAGGGAAAUUUUGCAAGUACCUAGAAGUAUUCCUGCAGGAGCUUCUGUUCCCUAAUCUGGUGUGGCGUGCAGGCCGUACUGCUGCUGCAGUUCGGUCUUCAGCCCUCAGCUGUCUACUAGCCAUGCUCCAGGGUGGGUCUCUUUCAAAGGAACAGGUUCUAAAAAUGGAGACGGAAUUCAGUGCUCGUCUAAUUUCAGCACUGGAGGAAGACUCGCAGCUCUCACGCCUGUUCGCCAGUAGAUCAAUAUCCUCAUUCAUCACUGUUGCAGAUCGAUGCCUUAACCUAGACACACUCUUGAAGAUUUACCCAGAACUUUUAAAGCGGAUAGAUGACAGCAGCCAGGAAGUGCGUGUUGAAGCUCUGAAAGCUCUGAGUGUGUGGUUCUCAUCUUUAGACCAAAACUAUGACCCAAACACUUAUCGCCCCCAUCUGGAGUUCCUUUUCCAGCAGCUGCUGCUUUACUUAGAUGACCCUGAUGACCAAAUCCAGCUUAUAGUACUGGAGGUUCUAAAAGCUGGCAGUGUUGUGGAUCCUGUUCUUCUGCAGCAGAAAGUGGAGGAAGUGAGAGAGAAACAACGCAGCUCUGCAUACUGUGAUCAGCUGCUCCAACACAUGCAGUCCCUCGGAUGCACAUCUACUAAGCAUAGUUCAGCGCACUGCAUGCAGCUUCUGCAUUCAUCUCCUGGACUAAAGAAUGCAUAUUAAAUAUUUUGGACAUGCAUUUAUCUUGCCAUCAAUUUUGACUAAAUUUCCUGGGCUACUGUUCAUACACCACCCAAAACUAUUUUUUUUAGAGCAGGGAUGGACUACUCAUCAUACCCUUGUUGACUUUAAACAUUGCAUUUAUGGUUGUGGCACAAAAGUCAUUUUUUAUGUCAUCAGUUUAGUAAGUACAGUUAUGAUUUUUUUUUCCUGAAAACUCAUUUACUUAUUUUACUUUUUGCUAAGAAGCCUCUGUUUCGUUUUAAUUUAAUUGGUCAGACAGUGGUUAUUGUCACAAAGCAGCUUCAUAGGACCAAAAGAAAAUUCUGAAUGUUUCAUAUGAACUGUAAAUUAUA